CACCACCCAAGGAAAAAUCAGUCAAGAUGGCUCCCGCUAACCUGCCGUCCAUUUUCAAUGCCACGUCCCAGGACAUCGAGAUGCUCCUGGCGGCCCAGUGCCACCUCGGUUCCAAGAACCUCCAGGUGCACAUGGAGCCUUACCUGUGGAAGACCCGUGUCGAUGGUGUCAACGUCCUGAACAUUGGCAAGACCUGGGAGAAGAUUGUCCUGGCUGCCCGUAUCAUCGUCGCCAUUGAGAACCCGGCCGACAUCUGCGUCAUCUCUGCCCGUCCCUACGGUCAGCGUGCCGUCCUCAAGUUCGCUGCCCACACCGGUGCCUCCCCCAUCGCCGGUCGCUUCACCCCCGGUAGCUUCACCAACUACAUCACCCGUUCCUUCAAGGAGCCCCGCCUGAUUGUCGUGACCGACCCUCGCACCGACGCCCAGGCCAUCAAGGAGGCCAGCUACGUCAACAUCCCCGUCAUUGCCCUCUGCGACACCGACUCCCCCACCGAGUACGUCGACGUUGCCAUCCCCACCAACAACAAGGGUCGCCACGCCAUUGGUACCGUCUGGUGGCUCCUUGCCCGUGAGGUCCUCCGUCUCCGUGGAACCAUUUUCAACCGCGAGACCCCCUGGGACGUCAUGGUUGAUCUGUACUUCUACCGCGACCCUGAGGCCGAGGCCGAGGAGAAGGUCGAGGAGGAGAAGCUCAUCACCGCUGCUGAGGAGGAGGCCCCUGCUGCCAUCGAGUCUGGCUUCCCCGCCGCUGGUGGUGACUGGGAGGCUCCCGCCGCUGGCUUCGCUGGUGCUACUGCCACUGGCUGGGACGGUGCCGGUGCCGGUGCCGGCCAGGACUGGGCCGCUGCUUCUGGCACUCAGGAGUGGGCUGCCGAGGCUCCUAAGGAGAGCCAGUGGUAAGCGAUGCAGUAUCUGGGCAAAAGGGGCGAUGGGGAAGCUUUUAUUCCACGGAGCGUGGUAAUUCUGGGCGGACCUGAUCACAAAGGGGGAGGCGUUUUUUUCCGGCUUUGCAACGGCGGGUGGUCUCGGAUUUUUCUUUUGGGUCUUGAGCUGGCUGCACUGAUGAGGGAAAGAUACUCUCCCCUUUCGUUUUUCAGGGAGGGAAGAGGGAAAGCCCUGUGCGGCUGCUGGGGGCGGACUUAAUCGUUGCCUCGCCCAAAGGUUCCUUGAUUUUCCUGCGGUGCAUUAAAAGGGUUUUAUACAGCCGACCACGGUGAAAGAUUAAAAAAAGAGAAUUUAAAGAUAUCC